CGGGCGCCGGCGGCGAGGCCAGCCCGAGCGGGGAGCGGUCCCAGCCGCCGCCCGCCCGCCCGCUCGCUCGCCCCGGCCCGGCGGAGGCCCAGGGAGCCGGGCGGCGGCGGCGGCGGCGGUGGCGGCCGAGAGGAGAAAAGGCAGGAGGCGGCGGCGGCGGCGGAGGGGAAGGAGGAAAAUGAAGCUCCUGAAGCCGACCUGGGUCAACCACAAUGGCAAGCCAAUAUUUUCAGUUGACAUUCAUCCUGAUGGAACCAAGUUUGCUACGGGAGGUCAAGGGCAGGAUUCCGGAAAGGUUGUGAUUUGGAAUAUGGCUCCUGUCCUCAAAGAGGAGGAUGAAAAGAAUGAGAAUAUACCCAAGAUGCUUUGUCAAAUGGACAAUCAUUUAGCUUGUGUGAACUGUGUGAGAUGGUCAAACAACGGGCUUUAUCUGGCUUCCGGGGGAGAUGACAAGCUGAUCAUGGUUUGGACGAGAGCAACGUACAUUGGACCUAGCACGGUGUUUGGUUCCAGUAGUAAACUUGCAAACGUAGAACAGUGGCGGUGUGUCUCAAUUCUUAGAAGCCAUUCUGGGGAUGUCAUGGAUGUAGCGUGGUCUCCUCAUGAUGCUUGGCUAGCCUCUUGCAGUGUGGAUAAUACUGUUGUCAUCUGGAAUGCCGUCAAAUUUCCAGAAAUCCUUGCCACCCUGAAGGGUCACUCAGGCUUAGUUAAGGGGCUCACCUGGGACCCUGUUGGGAAGUACAUUGCAUCGCAAGCAGACGACAGAAGCUUGAAGGUGUGGCGGACUAUGGACUGGCAGCUAGAAACCAGCAUUACCAAGCCGUUUGACGAGUGUGGAGGAACCACGCAUGUUUUACGCCUCAGUUGGUCACCUGAUGGACAUUAUUUAGUCUCUGCUCAUGCCAUGAAUAAUUCUGGACCCACAGCACAGAUCAUAGAGAGAGAUGGGUGGAAAACCAACAUGGAUUUCGUAGGCCAUCGCAAAGCAGUGACAGUGGUGAAAUUCAAUCCAAAAAUCUUUAAAAAGAAGCAUAAGAACGGGAGCUCCACCAAGCCCAGCUGCCCCUAUUGUUGCUGUGCUGUUGGCAGUAAAGAUCGGUCUCUUUCUGUAUGGCUUACGUGUCUGAAAAGGCCAUUGGUGGUUAUACAUGAGCUGUUUGACAAGUCUAUAAUGGAUAUCUCGUGGACCUUAAACGGACUUGGCAUCUUGGUGUGUUCCAUGGAUGGAUCAGUGGCGUUUUUGGAUUUUUCCCAGGACGAACUCGGUGAUCCCCUGAGUGAGGAAGAAAAGAGCAAUAUCCAUCAGUCCACCUAUGGCAAAAGCUUGGCGAUCAUGACUGAGGCACACCUGUCUACCACUAUCAUCGAGAAUCCAGAGAUGUUGAAGUAUCAGCAAAGGCAGCAGCAGGGAGAGCAGAAGAACGACGCUUUAAGGGAAGCCGCAAACGCGGCGCUGGCAGCCCCUAAAGUGGCAAGCAUGGUGAACGGGGAGAGUUUGGAGGACAUCAGGAAAAAUCUUUUAAAGAAGCAAGUUGAGACCCGGACAGCAGAUGGACGGAGAAGGAUUACACCUCUCUGCAUAGCUCAGCUGGACACUGGGGAUUUUUCGACAGCUUUCUUCAAUAGUAUUCCAAUAUCUGGAUCCUUAGCCGGCUCAAUGAUGUCUACUUCUCAAACAAAUCAGCUGAUAUCAUUAGAUUACAAUGCAGCUAACUCCCUUGGCACUUCUAAACCUACCUUAGAGCCGAUGGCAGUCAGUGUUAAACCCACAGAAGAUGGAGCCAACAAGGAUGGUGUAAAUGCUACCUCUGCCUCAGCUGCACCCCCUGCCUCGUCGCCCUCUGUGCUGAGUACCCCUUCCAAGAUAGAACCAAUGAAAGCAUUUGAUUCCAGAUUUACUGAGCGGUCCAAAGCCACCUCAGGGACUUCUGCUAUUGCACACACAAAUCAGAUUGCCGUAGACAGGUUAAAGGAGCAGAACUCAAUUAGGGACAAUAAACCCCGGGAUCUCCUGGAGAGCAGCAGUGACAGCGAGGAAAAGAUCCCAGUGAAGUCUCACUCGCUAUCCAAACGCAAACUGGAACUUGAGAUUGAAACCGUAGAGAAGAAGAAAAAGGGCAGGCCUCGAAAGGACUCCAGGCUCAUGGCCGUCCCUCUAACAGUUCAGUCCCCUGCUAUCCUGGCUUCUGAGAAGGAUGGGGCUUGCCACAGCGCACCAUUAGCACUUAAACUGCCAACCCCGCUCCCUCAGAAAUCGUUUACAUUGCAAGUAAGCUCAGAUCCCUCCAUGUACAUUGAAGUGGAGAAUGAAAUCACGUCUGUGGGAGGUUCAAAACUGAGUAGGUUAAAGUGCAAUCGAGAAGGCAGAGAGUGGGAAACGGUCCUCACCAGCCGAAUUCUCUCAGCAGCAGGAAGCUGCGAGGUGGUGAGUGUUGCUUGUGAAAAGCGGACCCUUUCAGUGUUUUCGGCUUGUGGUCGCCGCCUUCUCCCUCCCAUUGUCUUGCAUUCGCCUAUCUCCACUUUGCACUGUACAGGUUUCUACAUCAUGGCUCUAACGACCGCAGCGACUCUCUCGGUCUGGAACGUUCAGAAACGGUCGGUCGUGGUGAAGGAUGAAUCCCUCCAAACAAUUUUAGCAGGCAGUGAAACCACUGUGUCUCAAAUCUUAUUGACGCAGCAUGGCAUCCCGAUAAUGAACAUGUCUGAUGGAAAAGCAUAUUGCUUUAACCCUUCUCUUUCCUCCUGGAACCUUGUCUCUGACAAGCAGGAGACUCUAGCCCAAUGUGCAGACUUCAGGAACAGUUUACCAUCCCAGGAGGCAAUGCUGUGUUCAGGACCUUUAGCCAUAAUACAGGGGAGGACAUCCAAUUCCGGGAGGCAAGCUGCAAGAUUGUGCUCCAUGCCUCAUUUAGUACAGCAGGAAACGACCCUAGCAUACUUGGAGAGUCAGGUAGCGGCUGCCCUUACGUUACAGUCAAGUCUUGAAUACCGCCAUUGGCUCCUUAUCUAUGCACGGUAUCUAGUUAACGAAGGGUUUGAAUAUCGAUUACGGGAAUUAUGCAAGGAUUUAUUGGGUCCAGUCCAUUGCUCACCUGGCAGCCAGUGGGAAUCAACUGUCGUGGGUUUACAAAAGCGAGAGCUACUCAAGGAAUUGCUUCCAGUCAUUGGACAAAACCUUCGUUUCCAGCGGCUUUUCACAGAAUACCAAGAGCAGUUGGACAUAUUGAGAGACAAAUAAUUUCUUCCUCAGUGUUUAUCUGACCUAAGAAAAACCGGCAGAGUGGCUUUACUAACAAGCCGGAAGUGGAGGGGCCGCUGAAUGGACUGGAACAAUCCUGGGAGAUGCAGUACAACAACAGGCCCAAGACGACGUAAUGCGCAAAAUACUGUAGGUUUUUAAAAGGUCAUGAAAGAAAUACAUGGAAAUGGGAUGGACUGGUCAUGUUCUCCAAAUGCAGUCUGAGUAUUGCAUCUGUGACCUGUGGUUCUGUGUAAAGUUGCGGAGAUGUCCUUUCAGAAUCCUUUUGCAUCUGGAUCUCAUUGUGAGAACUAUUAAAGUGACUAUUGGGGAGCUGUUUGGAUUUUGGAGCUAUCCGUUGGAAAAAAAGCACAGUACAAGAGAAUAAAUUCAACAACCUGCUAGCCCUUUUGCCAGGGUGCGUUGCUUAAAGAUUCAUUGAGGCUCUGUCCUACAUUUGGGUUAUGAGGAAGAGCCCCCCCAUGAAAGAAAACUUCAUUUAAAAGUACACGUAAAGAAUUAUGCAGCCAACAGACUCUUAACUGUGAAUACACUAAAAUAAAUAAAGUGCAGGCUGUUCUAUCACAUGGACUAUUUUUGUACUAGAAUUUACUAACUUGUAAUAUGGAAUUUUAUUUGGCCAAUAAUAACCAGAUUUUUUUUCUCCCUUACAAGCCACCUAGUUGUAUGAAAUUUAAAAAAAGAUUUGUUAAUUAUGACAGCUAUUGUUGCUGAAGAAUUGUACCAAAAUUAAUGUCUUCUGGUUUUUAAUUUUUAACUGUUUGUAAAAGGCAUUUGGAGAAAAGGGGCGGGGAGGUAGCUGAAAGGGAUUUUUUGGGGGAGGAGGGGGGCUUUUUGUAAAGUACAAAUAAUAAAUGAACAUUG